AUGGUUCAUGCUACAAAAUCCAAAAUUCAUCAAAUUACAUCUCACGAUCAAAUUGCAUUUAAUAAUCAGAUUACACCUCAUGGUCAAACUAUGCUUCAUCAAACUAUACAACCAAAUAUGCUACCAAAUAUGCUACCAACUAUGCUCUCGAGUUUUAAUCCUUAUAAUUUAUUUUAUCAAAUAUAUCAAUCUCAAAUACUUCAACCUCAAAUAUCACAACCUCAAAUACCUCAACCCCAAACUAUCACUAGAUAUAAUAUUUCUUUAAAUCAAUUUUUUUCUGAAUUAGAUCAAAUUUAUAAUGGUAAAGGUGCAUAUAUUGCUUUAGAAAAAUUGUUUGAAGAACAAGAGAUUAUAGUAAAUAGUAUAAAAGAGUUAAAGGAUGAUCAACUAAUUGAAUUAGGAGUAACUAAAGUUAGAUGGCGUAUAAAUAUAAAACAAGAAGCUA